AUGUCGACCGACAAACCGGAACCGCAAGCAAACGCGGAACACAUGGGAAGUCCUCUUGAUGUGCAACGUCGCGAUAUGUUCACAUUCAUACGUUGGAGUCUCUGGUUUACCGCUAUGUGUCGGCUGCCACUCGAAUAUUAUUUACCAACUUCUCUUCGUUUUCUCGCCUCCACUUUGAAUUGGAUUUAUGAAGUGUUUUUAUACUUUACUAUAAUCCACAUUGACAUACUCUUCAUGUGUACCAUAUAUCUGUACAAGGACAAAGGUGAUUUGGCACUUUUAGUGAAUUCGCUCAUACAAGCCAUCAUAUUCAUGUGGACACUCAUCAUUAAGGUGUACUUCAAGCGCAUCAAACGUAAGAAAAUAGAGGAGUUGAUGCAAUUUUUGAAUAAUGAAUAUCGUACGCAAUCUGCCGCUGGUUUCACCUAUGUGACAAUGAAAGAAAGCGUCGAUUUGUCAAAUACUUGGACCAAAGUAUUUUUGAUUUCCUGUUAUGUUGGCGGUGCGUUUUGGUUGUUUGUGCCCUUCUUGCGUAGAGAUCGCAGUUUGCCGCUCCCAUGCUGGUAUCCGUUCGAUUACAAGUCGCCAAUUGUUUAUGAAAGCAUCUACCUUUUACAAUGCUUGGCUCAGAUGCAAAUGGCCGCCGCCUUCGCUAGUACCAGCGCUUUCUAUUUACUUGUCGCGGUGGUCUUCUCUGGUCAACUCGAUGUGCUCAAUUGUAGUCUGAAGAAUGUUAUUGCUACCACGUAUUUGAAUUUAAGAAAACCUAAAUCGGAGCUGAUAAAACUUCGAGAAGAACAUAAUAUUGAAAAUUUCGAAAUCAACCAAUAUUACUGCGCUGAAGAGCAUAAAACCGAUUUGGAUUGCUUACCACAUCUGUUGGAUGGGGAAAAUCCGGAACCACAAAACUUCUACGCCGCAUUCAAACAAGCAUUUAAACACUGCGUAACGCAUCAUCAAUACAUACUUUGCGGAUUACAAAUGCUCGAGGAUAUAUACAGUUAUUUAUGGUAUCUGAAAACUAUGAAAGCAACGGUGUUGGCGUGUUUAUUUGCGUUCGUUUGGGUUAAAUCAACCGCAGCCAACUCGUUUCUCACCAUUUUCUCGUUCAGUCAAUAUUUGGUCUUGGCUAUAUGGGAAAUGUUCAUGAUUUGUUAUUCGGCUGAAAUCAUCUUUCUGAAUAGUCAACGCUGCGAUGAAGCUCUACAACGCAGUCCAUGGCAUUUGCAUGCGUGUGAAAUUAAAAAGGAUAUUUUGUUCUUCAUACUGAAUGCCCAACAGCCUUUCCGUUUGACUGGUGGCAAGAUGUUCAAUUUGAAUGUAGAGAAGUUUCGUAGAUUUUUAUCAACAUCUUUUUCGAUUUUUACUAGUUUGCAACAGAUGGACGAGAGAGAAGGUCAGCCGUAA